AUGACGACUUCACAAAGCCAAUUUGACGGAAAACGAAUUAAGCCCUGGCCCGUGCAGGAGGCAGUUCAGCGACUCGCGCAGGAAUCCUCUUCAACCCAGCGGCCGCCUCUCCCACUGUCGCCUGCUUCAGUGGCUGAACAGUUGGCUUUCAAUGUAAUCUUUUCAGGUGUGGAAGAACUGCCGAAAACACUUCCUCGUGCACGAUCAAGGCAGCGCAGCAGCUCAGGUUAUAAUACUCCGGCCACCGUUAUCGGAAACGCUGGAAGUCUCACUGAUGUCAACACCUGGGACAGUCGGUCCAUGGUCAGCGGGGUGAGCGUUGGCUCAGUGACGAGUGUUUAUAGUGAAAGGGAGGAGAGUUUUACCCAUGGAAUUAAUAUCAAGGGUGAUUUGAGCUUCUCCGUUGACUACGACGACAAAAGUAGCUCUUUGCGGAUCUACGUGAAACAGGCUCGCGAAGUGGCUGUCGCAGACAAAAAAACCAACAGCUCAAGCACGUACGUCAAGACGUAUCUCCUUCCCGAUAAGACGAAACAAAGCAAACGUAAAACGAGGGUAAAAAAGAACACACUAAAUCCAGUCUUCAAUGAGGCACUUAUCUACAAUAUUUCGAAAUCUGACCUGGCUUAUCGGACCCUCCAACUCUCACUUUGGCAUUACCGACACAUGAAGGCGAACCUCUUUCUGGGUGAGGUGCUUGUUACCCUCUCCGAAUGCAGGUUUAGCUCCACACCCGUUUGGAGGGCCCUUCAUGACAGGAAUCAGUUUGAUAGUAAUUUGGGUCAGAAAUUAACCAAGGGCCAACUUCGCUUGGGUUUGAAAUUUGUGCCUGGUGCACACGGCGAUCUGGGAGAGCUGCACGUCCACAUUAGGAAUGCGACCGACUUGAAUGUUCCAGUAGGCGCUUCAGGUGGCUCUGAUAGCAGCAAUGCUGUCAGUGCUUUUGUGAAAACGUAUCUCCUUCCUGAGAGGUCAAAGGAUUCCAAGAGAAAAACGAAAGUUGUGAAGAAGUCGAACAACCCAAGUUGGGAGGAGACGCUCAUUUACACGGGAAUUCCAAAAACUCAGUUGCCCUCAAUAGGUGUUGAAGUUAUUGUUUGGGACGCUGCAAAAGUAGGACACGCUGACUAUCUCGGCGGAUGUCACCUCAACACAGGAUCACGAUCUGGCUAUGGAAUGGAUGCAUCAGAGAAUGAACGUACGCUUUGGGUUGAAAUGAUGAGCAAGCCGAAUGCAAUGGUUGAAGGCACCGUCCAGUUACGAUCAAUGAUGGAAUGA